GCCGUAAUUUGUGUCCAAAAGUGAGCUUUAAUUUUGAAAUGUUUUGUAAACACAAAACAAAACAUUAUUUUAAUUGUCUUUAAAUUGUCAUCAUUUUGGUGAUAAUCCAGUGGUAAGUGGUGUAGACACGAGAACAGGAAGAAUAUGGGCCGACGAUCGAUAAAUACCACCAAAAGUGGUAAAUACAUGAAUCCGACGGAUCAGCACAGGAAAGAGGCCCGAAAGCGGGAACUCCGGAAGAACAAGAAGCAGCGACUGAUCGUCCGGACGGCGGUUCUUAAGGGCAAAGAUCCGUAUCAGAUAAUCGCAGACAUGGAACGACUGGAUCAGAUGGAGUACAACGUAUCCACUCCUCCGCCGCUCAACGAGAAGGUCCUCAAAGACAAGAGACGGAAGAUGAAGGAGACGUGGGAUCGGCUCUUAAGGCUAUACAACAAAGAGGAUCACCAGAGGUUUCUGGAGCUGAAGCGCAUGGAAGUGGAGUACGAGUCCAAACGCAACCAAAUGAUCAAAUUCUUUGAAUCAGUCAAAUCGGCUCAAGAGGUGACCAUCGAUGACAUACCGUUGCCAUCGGCAGCGCCAACGGAUCCUAAUAUGCCGACCGCCGGCUCAUCGAUGCCAUCCUUUCUCAGCGAUCACUCCAUUCCUCAGUCAAUACUAAAGCGACAAACCGUGUCCUCCAAGACAAUAGGCCCGCAUAGAGCACCCCCUGGAGUACCUCCCGGUCCACCGCCUGUGUUGAGUGACUUAGAAGACGAUUUGGACGACGAAGAGGACAGCGAAGGCGAUGAGAAAGAUAAGAGCAAACGGAUCCGUUUCAGUGAAGACUUACAAACGGGUGAAAAGGACGCCGACGUCAAUGAGUUUCUCAAAGAGUUGGAACAAAUGGAGAAAACAGUUCCCAACAGUGAUCAUAAUGUGUCGCAAACUAUACAAUCCAUACAAUCAUUACCGGCUGCCAUCGCAUCCCAGCCCACGCCCACCGCCGCUGCCUCAGCGCCACCCUCUCUGAACGCAGUGCCACCGCCGCCAUCGUUGCAGACAAACCUGAGGCCAUCUGGUCCGCCGCCACCGAUGAUGAUGUUUAGGCCACCGGUGCCGCCAUCGGGUUUACGACCCGGAUCUCAGCCUCAGAAUAUUCCCGGACUAAUGGUAGGCCGACCGCCAAUAUCGGGACCCCCGCCUAUGUCUGGUCCACCGCCACCCAUGGGUCCAAUGAGGCCGGGAGUGCCACCGCACCACCGUAUGAUCAACGCUCGACCAAUGAUGCAACCAAUGAGACCAAUGGGUCCGGGAUUCCCGUCCACAGCCGGCCCUCCAAUGGGCGGCAAACGGGACGAUAAGAAGACACACGUGGUGUCGGACAGGGCCACCAUCGAGGCUAAGCCGCAGCUCAGGAAUCUGAGCGCCGACGCCACCCGUUUCACACCCGUAGCCCUUCGGGUGAAACGCGAUGAUAAGGGCGUCAAGAGAUCGGUUCAUAAAUCAGGUUUUGAUGACAUGAAGAGGUACUCGAGUGUCGGCGACAGCGCCGGCGGUCUGAACGCACCGACAAAAGGCGACGCUUACGACCAGUUCAUGAAAGAGAUGGAGAAUCUGUUGUUGACGCCAAUGGCGUUUACCAUCGCCAAACACUUCCAGUUGGGCCGUCAAGAAGAUGCUCACGAGUUCUUGCGUUAUGUGGUCGACAACAUGUGGAAGUCGUGCCUCAACUCCAACGACUCGGUGCCCAACGCAUCCAAACUGGACCCUAAGAGCAAAGAGACCACUGCCAUCAACCAGAUCUUCGGCGGUUACCACAGGAGUCAAGUGACCUGUUUUGCCUGUAAGGCCAAGAGUAAUACAUACGACUAUUUCAUGGAUUUUAUGCUCGAUAUUAAGAAUGCCAAUAGUCUGGAGAAGGCAUUGGAGAAGUUCGUAACGCCUGAGAUCCUGCAGAAUGAGAACAGCUAUAAGUGCACGCGUUGUAAGAGGAAGACAGUGGCGCGCAAGCAGUUCACCAUCUAUUCGGCCCCAAAUGUGGCCACAUUUCAGUUGAAGCGUUUCGAUUAUCACCGGAUAUUUGGCGGCAAAAUUACCAAACCCGUUACAUAUCCAGAGCGACUCAAUCUCAGGCCAUACAUGUCCGACAAUAAGGGUGCGCCCAUUAUCUACAAACUGAACUCAGUUUUGGUGCAUUUGGGCGGUUCGUGUAACUCAGGGCACUAUUUCUGUUACGUCCGUAAUUCCAACAACUCGUGGUACCUGAUGGACGACUCCCGCACUGUUCAAGUUAAUCAAAACCAGGCGCUCAGCCAACAGGCAUACGUACUGUUCUACGUGCGAGUGGACACCGACUUUCAUAAGCCGGCGCCCGUUAUCGUACGUAUUGAUUGUCAUUAG